GGGAGCUGCUCGUGCUUGUCUUUCCACAUUUGCGAAGUGAAUAGCAAGGCCCGAGAAGCUCGUUCUCGUGUGCGGCUGCUUUCGUUCGUCAUGGAAGCCCGGCGUUUGUUGGUCCCGCCCCCACGGGGGUAGGAUUGUGUUGAUGUCUUUUUUUAUUAUUAUUAUUAUUGCAAGCUUCCUCGCAGCGUUCCCCGAGUCACCCUAAACACAUUUACUCUGAAGGCGUCUGACAGCGGCACUCUUCAAGGUGUUGCAUAAUUCGAAGGCUGUUGCAGUUCACGCAGCUUAUUAAAGCCUCCAGACAGAAUGCCUGCAGUGAGGAGAGUGAUCAAAACUGUGCUCAGCAAGGAACAAUCCGAAGGGGUCGGCGCUCGGGUGCGCAGAAGCAUUGGGAGGCCUGAAUUAAAAAAUCUGGAUCCAUUUCUGCUGCUUGAUGAGUUCAAAGGAGGCAAGCCGGCUGGUUUUCCUGACCAUCCUCACCGAGGUUUUGAAACUGUCAGUUAUCUACUGGAAGGUGGUUCCAUGGCCCAUGAAGACUUCUGUGGCCACACUGGUAGGCUGAAUCCAGGAGAUUUACAGUGGAUGACAGCUGGUCGUGGUAUCCUCCAUGCAGAGAUGCCCUGCUCUGAAGAACCAGCCCAUGGCCUACAGCUUUGGGUCAACUUGAGAAGCUCUGAGAAAAUGGUGGAACCUCAGUACCAGGAACUGAAAAAUGAAGAAAUACCUAAACCUUCACAGAAUGGUGUGACAGUGGCUGUCAUUUCAGGAGAGGCUCUAAAUAUAAAGUCUAAGGUCUAUACUCGCACACCAACACUGUACCUGGAUUUCAAGUUAGACAAAGGAGUGAAACACACACAGGCAGUUCCUAAAGGCUGGACAGCCUUUAUCUACACCCUCUCUGGUAAUGUGUACAUUGGUCCUAGUAAUGAUCAGCAAAAUGUAGAAGCCCACCACACUGCUGUAUUGGAUGAUGGUGACUGUGUGCAAGUGGAAAACAAGGAUUCCACAAUAAGCCAUUUUGUCUUAAUUGCUGGUGAGCCGAUUAAGGAAGCUGUAGUACAACAUGGUCCAUUUGUGAUGAACACACAGGAAGAAAUUCUGCAAGCUAUUGAUGACUUCAGGAAUGCUAGAAAUGGAUUUGAGAGGGCAGCCACUUGGAAAUCAAAGAUUGGGAAAAAAUGAAUGGCUGUGGUAGAACUGAGAUGGGCCAGUUUCAUAUUUGCAGCUGUGUAUCUUGAGUCCUCUUUCCUUGGCUUAUGGAGCAGCCCCAUGGGCUAAAAUUUACUGAAGCUAAUCAUAAGGGUUUGCUGGGUUACGCCAGAAGUAUAAAGCAACAGCCUGUAUAGAACCAAAAUUAACUGCUGUGACUGCCAGCAAUGGACAUAUAUGUGUCUUUCCUUGUAACCUGGAAAAAUGAUUUCUAGUUCUCUGCAUACUCAUUUUACAUUUACAGAUACUUUAUAAAAAGUAUUUUAAUAAAUGGACAGCACUCUGAAAAAUAAUCAAAAGUGUUUUGCAAUUGUAAAUGUAAUGUAAAGUAAUAAAUAAAUAAAUUGUAAAUAAAUGUAAAGUAAUAAAUAAAUAAAUAAACAAUGUAGAAAAUA